CCGCAUUUCGCCACUCCAGAUUUUCAAAUCGUUUUACAAGGUGUCUUAAUAAACGCCUUCUUCUUCAUCUGUUUUUGGUUAUUUUUCUCAAGGAGAAAAUGAGAGAAUGCAUUUCAGUCCACAUCGGUCAGGCAGGUAUCCAGGUCGGAAAUGCUUGCUGGGAGCUUUACUGUCUCGAGCAUGGAAUCCAGCCUGAUGGUCAGAUGCCAAGUGACAACACUGUCGGAAGAGGUGACGAUGCUUUUAACACCUUUUUCAGUGAAACUGGUGCUGGAAAGCACGUCCCUCGAGCUGUCUUUGUGGAUCUUGAGCCCACUGUUAUUGAUGAAGUGAGGACCGGUGCUUAUCGCCAGCUUUUCCAUCCUGAACAACUCAUCAGUGGAAAGGAAGAUGCUGCCAACAACUUUGCCCGUGGUCAUUACACCAUUGGCAAGGAGAUUGUUGACCUGUGCUUGGACCGAAUCAGGAAGCUUGCUGAUAACUGUACCGGUCUUCAAGGGUUCCUUGUAUUCAACGCUGUCGGUGGAGGCACUGGAUCUGGCUUUGGUUCUCUCCUUUUGGAGCGAUUGUCUGUUGAUUAUGGCAAGAAAUCCAAGUUGGGUUUUACUGUUUACCCUUCUCCCCAAGUAUCCACUUCAGUUGUUGAGCCAUAUAACAGUGUUCUAUCAACUCACUCCCUUCUGGAGCACACUGAUGUGUCCAUUCUCCUUGACAAUGAAGCUAUCUACGACAUUUGCAGGCGCUCUCUCGACAUUGAGAGGCCCACAUACACCAACCUUAACCGCCUUGUCUCUCAGGUCAUUUCUUCCUUGACUGCCUCGCUGAGGUUUGAUGGUGCCUUGAACGUUGAUGUGACUGAAUUCCAGACCAACUUGGUUCCCUACCCAAGGAUCCACUUCAUGCUUUCCUCAUAUGCACCGGUAAUCUCUGCUGAGAAGGCUUAUCACGAGCAGCUUUCGGUUGCUGAAAUCACCAACAGUGCCUUUGAACCCUCAUCUAUGAUGGCCAAGUGUGAUCCUCGCCAUGGAAAGUACAUGGCUUGCUGUUUGAUGUACCGUGGUGAUGUAGUUCCCAAGGAUGUCAAUGCUUCUGUUGCUACCAUCAAGACCAAGCGCACCAUUCAGUUUGUGGAUUGGUGCCCAACUGGCUUCAAGUGUGGUAUCAACUACCAGCCACCCACUGUCGUUCCAGGAGGUGAUCUUGCUAAGGUCCAGAGGGCUGUUUGCAUGAUUUCCAACUCCACUAGUGUUGCUGAAGUCUUCUCUCGCAUUGACCACAAGUUUGAUCUUAUGUAUGCCAAGCGUGCUUUUGUUCACUGGUACGUCGGUGAGGGUAUGGAAGAAGGUGAAUUCUCUGAGGCUCGUGAGGACCUUGCUGCAUUGGAGAAGGAUUAUGAAGAAGUUGGUGCUGAAUCAGCUGAGGGUGAUGAGGGUGAAGACGACGAGUAUUAAGAUGUGGUUGUGGGAUUAUGUUGUCUCUUAUAAUGUUUUACGUCCCUGUUUAUGUUGAAUCGUUGAAGCUUCGUU